AUGACUCGUCGUCAGCCAGAUACUUCAGCAGACUUGUGCGCCACGUUCGGAUCAUCUUCCGCUCCUCGGCAGCGAGCAGCGGCCGCCGCACCGCCACAUCAGGAAAACACCCCAGAGCAAUUCACACAGCCCUUUUGCGAUUUCAUGACGGAGAAUCCUACACCUUUCCAUGUUGUAGACUACUGCAAGACCAAACUCCACGAUGCCGGCUUCCAAGAGCUACCCGCGCGGGAAUCGUGGGCAGGCAAGAUUCAUCCCGGUGGCAAGUACUGGACGACUCGCAACGGCAGUGCCAUAAUAGCUUUCACCGUCGGUCAUGCCUACAAGCCGGGCAAUGGCGUGGCCAUGAUUGCCGGCCAUAUUGACGCCAACACAGCCAAGUUGAAGCCCGUCAGCGCCAAACCCGUCAACGAGGCCGGUUGCAUCCAGCUGGGCGUCGCGCCCUACGCCGCGGGCCUCAAUCCGACGUGGUGGGACCGCGACCUAGGCAUCGCCGGACGCGUCGUCGUGCGCAACCCGAACACGGGCAAGUCGACGACGCGGCUGGUCAAGCUAGGCUGGCCGGUCGCCAAGAUUGCCACCGUGGCCGCGCACCUGUCGCAGCCGGCCUUUUUUGGCGAUGGUAACCUCGAGACGCGGAUGACGCCCAUUAUUGGUCUUGCGAGCGCCUACUCCGAGAAGGAGCAGCAGCCACUGGGCAAUCCCGGUGAAUUUGUGCACAGCCAGCCGCCAGAGCUGGUGCGACUGAUAGCUGGUGAACUGGGCAUCGCGUACUCGCAGAUUACCAACUGGGACCUCGAGCUCUACGACUUUCAGCCUGCACAGGUCUUUGGCAUGCGCAAGGAGCUGAUUACCGCGGGUCGGUUGGACGACAAACUGUGCUCGUGGGCGGCCAUGAUAGGUCUACUAACGGCGCGAUCGCGCAAGGACGACGGAUACGUCCGCCUCGUCAGCCUUUUUGACAAUGAGGAGAUUGGGGGCAAGCUACGCCAGGGCCACGGCAGCACGUUUCUGCCAGCGACGAUUGAGCGCAUGGUGGAAUCGCUCACCCAUUCUCAUUCUGCCAAAACACCGUAUGCAGUAGACAUUUUGGGUCAGACGUACGCGCAAUCAUUCUUGAUUGCCAGUGACGUCUCGCACGCGGGUCACCCAAACUUUCUCGAAAACUACAUGCAGGGCCACGUGCCGACGCUCAACACGGGCAUUGCCAUUAAGCACGACCCCAACGGCGGCUUCAGCACCGACGCCGUCUCGGCCGCCGUGCUCAUGCGCGUGGCGGAGCUGAUUGGCGCCAAGGUGCAGCCGUAUCAGGCACGUAAUGAUGUGCGCGCGGGCGGCAGCAUUGGUCCGAUAUUGUCCAGCCUGAUGGGAUGUCGAGCGACGGAUGCGGGCAUUGUGCAGUUGAGCAUGCACUCGGUGCGGGCCUCGACGGGUGCGCUGGAUCCUGGUCUAGGGGUCCUGUUUUAUCAAGGAUUUUUGGAGAAUUGGGAAAAGAUUGACAGUGGAUAUGCACCGUAG